AAGCUUAGCUCCAAGAUCAAUACCACCAAAUAAGCUAGCGAGAUAAGGUGUAAUCCGUAAUCUCAUGGCGAUGGCACGCACUCUGGCCCUGCUCGCUCUCCUGUGCGUCGUCCUGGCGGCCGGAGCCGCCUCGGCCUCGGCCGGCCGCGUGGACGUCGGCGACAUGCUCAUGAUGGACAGGUUCCGUGCCUUUCAGGCCACGUACAACCGCACCUACGCGAGUCCCGAGGAGCGGCUCCGUCGGUUCGAGGUGUACCGCCGGAACGUGGACUACAUCGAGGCCAUGAACCGGCGGGGCGACCUCACCUACGAGCUCGGCGAGAACCAGUUCGCCGACCUCACCGUGCAGGAGUUUCGGGCUAUGUACACCAUGCCGGCGCGCGUCGACUCUCGUCCGGACGCAUGGCGCCGCCGCCAGAUGAUCACCACGCUCGCCGGGCCGGUCACUGAGGACGGCGGGAGCUACUAUUCGGAUGCGUGGGAGGAAGCUGGCCCGACCAGCGUGGACUGGAGGUCCAAGGGUGCCGUGACGCCAGUCAAGGACCAAGGCGGAUGCGGUUGUUGUUGGGCGUUUGCCACGGUGGCAACGAUCGAGGGCCUGCACAAGAUAAAGACAGGCCAGCUGGUCUCCCUUUCGGAGCAGGAGCUGGUAGACUGCGACGACGCCGACGACGGAUGCGGCGGCGGGCUCCCUGAGAUUGCCAUGGAAUGGGUCGCCCACAACGGGGGCCUCACCACCGAGGCCAACUACCCGUACACAGGCAAGGCCGGGAAGUGCGACCGCGGCAAGGCGAGCAACCACGCGGCGAAGAUCGCCGCUGCCCAGAUGGUGCGAGCCAACAGCGAGGCCGAGCUGGAGCGCGCCGUGGCGAGGCAGCCGGUGGCCGUGGCGAUCAAUGCUCCGGACAGCCUGAUGUUCUACAAGAGCGGGGUGUACUCCGGCCCAUGCACCGCCGAGUUCGAUCAUGCCGUGACGGUGGUCGGAUACGGCGCCGACAACAAGGGCCACAAGUACUGGAUCAUCAAGAACUCGUGGGCGGAGACGUGGGGGGAGAAAGGGUACGGAAGGAUGCAGAGAGGUGUCGCUGCCAAGGAAGGCCUGUGCGGCAUCGCCACACAUGCCUCCUACCCGGUGAUGUGACCUUAAGUGCUACGGCCAUCAAUCAGUUACUACCAACUCCUAGUACAAAUGUAUGCAUGGCAUUACCUUCAAAAUGCUACUAAAACCAUGCAAGGUCUAUAUGAACGGCAAGCGUCAUCUUGGAUAAAGAAGAUGCUAAAAUAAGUCGAAGGGGGCACACAAGGAAUGAAGAGACGUUGUACGGUGUCAGUAUCCCAAGAGCUAUCAUUUGACAAUAUAAUAAUGAAAUCCAAAUGAAUUGUUGCUGGAAUA